GAUAGGCAGCAACUGGUCUGUCCCUGUGGGCGUUACUAGAGGAGCUGUGUGUUUUCCUCUUCGACCUCUACGGUUUUGGAGCCCGUUCCGUUUUUUCACUAGCAGAUAGACACGAUGGCAAAUGAAGCCAGGCCAUGCCCAUGUGACAUUGGGGACAGGAUGGAAUAUGGCAGCCUUGGCGAGGAAGUUCAGAUUGAGCAUGUUAAUGCUUACGUGGUGAAACCUAAAGCGCCAACAGACAAAGCGAUCAUUGUAAUUCAGGACAUUUUUGGAUGGCAGCUCCCCAAUACACGAUACAUGGCCGACAUGCUCGCUUCGAACGGAUACGUUGCCGUUUGCCCAGACUUCUUUCUUGGAAAGGAGCCAUGGAGUCCUUCAAGUGACUGGUCAACAUUUCAAGAUUGGCUUGAGGACAAAAAACCCACCAACAUCAAGAAGGAAGUGGACGUGGUUUUGAAAUACCUCAAGGAACAACUUGGAGCUACAAGGAUCGGAGUGGUGGGGUUCUGUUGGGGCGGAGUGUCCACACACUACAUAGGCCUCCAGUACCCUGAAGUCAAGGCUGGAGUUUCAGUUUAUGGGAUCGUUCGUGAGGGAGAAGAUCGUUACGAACUCAAGAGUCCGACUCUCUUUAUCUUUGCUGAAAAAGACGCAGUGAUACCACUCGACCAGGUGACAACACUUGAGGCAAAACUGAAGGAAAAGUGCACCGCUGAUUUCAAAGUGAAGGUUUUCCCUGAUCAAACUCACGGAUUCGUGCAUCGUAAACGAGAAGACAUCAAUCCGUCUGACAGACCGUAUAUUCAGGAGGCCAGGGAGGACAUGAUAAACUGGUUAAAUAAAUACAUGUAAAACAAAACGAGAGCAGGUUAUCAGGUUUAAAGUAAACGUUUCCCAAAUGUUGAUGACCCAA